AUGCAAGGUUUAUGGCAAUAUCUCCUCAUCGUUGCAACUUUUGCAGUAGCCUAUGGCAAACUUGAAAUAAAAGAUGUUCGAUCAAUCUCCAGCGGAAGUUCUUUUGGAAUGUGUCGUGGUUAUUGUCAACAAUGGAUCAAUGUGACUUCAAAUCCUUUACAGAUCGUGGCUGCGAAACAGGCAAAUUCCGUGCAAAAACCCUAUCCUCCCAUUCGACAACCAUUCCCUUUUUCAUCAAACCAAUGGGAAGAGCUCAUUUCUCUUCUUCAUAUGAACGUCUUUGAAGCAUUGGGUAGUACAAUCGGAUGUCCUGAUUGUGCUGAUGGUGGAGCAGAAUGGAUUCAAGUUAAUUGGACAGAGGGUAGUAAACGAAUAACAUUCGAGAAUGGACGUGCCAUCAAAGGUAUUGAAGGACUCAUUGAAAAAUUACGACAAAUGAGACAAGAAUAUGGCACUCAAAUUUAA